AUGUCGACCUCAUUCGAAGCGCCGUGGGUCGAGAAGUACCGGCCAACGACACUGUCACAGGUCGUGGGCAACAGCGAGACUGUUAGUCGACUCCGUGUCAUCGCGCGCGAGGGCAAUAUGCCCAACAUCAUCAUCAGCGGCCCGCCGGGCAUUGGCAAGACCACGUCCAUCCUGUGUCUCGCGCGUGACCUCCUUGGCGAUACGCUGAUGAAGACCGCCGUGCUUGAGCUGAAUGCUUCGGACGACCGAGGCAUCGACACGGUCCGCAACAAGAUCAAGAUGUUUGCGAUGCAAAAGGUCACGUUGCCGCCCAACCGCCACAAGAUCGUGAUCCUCGAUGAAGCCGACUCGAUGACGACGGCCGCGCAACAGGCACUGCGCCGCACGAUGGAGGUCUUUAGCGCAACGACGCGCUUCGCGUUGGCGUGCAACAACUCGACCAAAAUCAUCGAGCCGAUACAGAGCCGCUGCGCCAUCUUGCGCUACACGCGGCUCAAGGAUGAAAUGCUGCUCGAGCGCCUCGUCCAAGUAUGCGACGCGGAAGGAGUUGGCUACAGCGAUGACGGUAUGGCCGCCCUCAUCUUCACGGCGGAAGGCGACAUGCGUAAUGCGCUCAACAAUUGCCAAGCGACACACUCGGGCUUCGGCUUUAUCAGUGACGCGAAUGUCUUCAAAUACCUCUUGCUUGUCAUCCGCGGCCUCGAGUACUUGGCAGUCGAAGAGAUUCAUGCCAAGCUUACGGUUAUCUCGGUGAACGUCAUCACACCCCAGACCAACGCGGCGUUUCCGCAACGCGACUACGAGCGGGGCGAGGCCGCUGUUGGCAAAAUCGUGCUCGAGACAACAUCCUCGCCAGGCGACGUCAAGGCACUGUGCUCCAUCCAGUUAUACCCGCGCUGCAUGGCCGAGCUGUGCCGGGUGUUGCGCGACCACGGUCGUAUUGUGCUUCUUGUGAUGUCCAAGAAACUCAUCAAGGGCUGCCUUGGCAACAAGAACACCGCGGCGCUCUCGAUCGUUGAGGAACUGCACGUGAACAUUGGUGGCCUAGGGGUCGGCGUCUUUGUCCUCGAAAAACAGCCCGACGGAUGCAAGAAACGCAAGUCCGACAAUGUUUCGCAGUAA